ACAGAUGGCCAGUGGUAAUAAAUUUAUUAUCAAGCGGAUAAAAAUAUAUGAUAAUAAUAAUAAUAAUAAUAAUAAUAACAUAAAAUAGUUAAUUUGCUGGAUCCAUUAACCUACGAGUCACAAGGGUAGGGUGUCUGUCAGUGAUAAGUCAUAAUAAAAUGUUUGGCCUUUAAUUUAAUUUAAAAAUAUCCAAGGGGAUGAUGGUGCUAUCGCAAUUCAAAUAAUUUUUAUCGACUAUCCAAUUACAAUUUAAUUGAUAUAAUUCUACAUAUAUAUAUCUAUACCUAUAUUAAUAAAUAAAUAUAACAAUUAAAUGUUAUGUACAUAAUGUACUUGGUGAUGAAAAAAUAAUUUAAGAAUUAAUAGCUGGUGAAAAAUAAUAAAUUUUUUUAUAAAAAAUGGCUCAGUGUAAAUUGACACCACGUGAAUUUAUAAGCAAUGCAUUUUCUCCUCAAAUUGGUGCAGUUUGUUCGGCAGCUGCUGAUGCAGUCUGUCAGAAAAAUAAUUUGUCGUUUAUUGAACUGCUGCAGCCUUUUUGUAACCUCGCAACUGAAGGCCACAUCAAAGAUCCCCAGGGAUCAACAAUUCCCAUUCGUAAUUUACGUCUGUCUAUUCUUGAUAUUUAUGGACAGCCACCGGAGCCAAGUGUCGCCAGGAAAAUGCUUAAUGAUUCCGUCAGCUCGGAACAGUGCGAGCGCACGACUUCUGUGAGAAUAGGAACCACUGAUUUGGAUGUUCCAUUAUCAGUACCAUGGUUCGAAUCCUGGCGUGAAAUGUUUCUCAAUGUACAGUUUCCAUCGGACCAUGAGUUCACUAAACAUUUUUUAGCCUGCAUGAUUGUCGUAUCGACAGCAGAUGAUAAUCCUUUGGAUAAAAUUCAACAAAUGGCCGCUCAGUUACAUCAGAGUACUCCUGGAAAAUUGCCAAAGUGGUUUAACAACAAUGCGCUGAGAUAUUAUAUAUUAAUUUAUGACUCUACGCAAGAUGAAAAGGCCAAAGCCGAGUCGGUGUUUACGGAGAUGAAAAAUCUGUAUGAUGUAAAUAAUUGCUUCCUGUUACAAAUGAAUUCAAGACCACCGGGUCAAAUGGACGACAACAUGUAUUUACCUGAUCCGUGGAGUCAAUUUCUGGUAAAGUUCACUGAUUUUACCAGCAGCGAUCACAGCAGCAGCCCCAGGACACCUGCGGACACUGGGGGAGUCAGUGCGAUGCCGAAUCAAGUGACCAGUGGGACUGAUAAACCAACAAGUCAAGCUGGUACGCCAGUGGCGCCGCAAAAUCCAGUUCUUUUGUCACCUGACAUCACUGACAAGAUAAGUCUGUCCUCGGAAAUAUCUGAAGUGGUUGCAAUACCCGUUGAAGUUGCUCAGGAAGUGGUCCCGGUGACGAUCCACCCUUUGAGCCCGGACAGUGAGAAACGAUUCAGCUCUUUUACAGACAAUAGUUACACUAAGUCACAGCACCAGGCGGUGACUGGGUCGCCGAUAAACGCAAACGUUUGGGCGGACUCCCCAAAUCGUCCGGUUGCUCAACAUGGAGCGAGACUGUCAACUCAGGAUCUUGAUAGGAUAAGAACUUUGGUGACGGAGUUUUGUAUAAAAAGUCUGCUGCCUUAUGUUGAGAAGCAAAUAGGCCUUUUGAAUGAUGUCAUUUCUAAUAAGAAGGGGGUAAGUCGGUCACUGUUCAGCGCGACGAAGCGUUGGUUCGGUACCAGCAAACCCGGAGCGCCUGGAUCUGCGCCGACGAACGCGGUCAUUUACUCCGCGGAUUCUUCGGAGCUGCAGUUGCGUCGUCUAGGCGACCUCUGUUUCAUGUUCGGUCACUAUACCCUCGCGUAUCAAGCGUAUCACAGCGCGAAACGUGACUUUGCUGCGGACCAGGCCUGGCUCUACUACGCGGGAGCACUGGAAAUGGCAGCACUGAGUGCGUUCAUGCAGGGAGAGAUGACCAGGAAGACUGUCGAGUACAUGGACGACGCUAUUCUCACCUACUCUAACAGCUGCAAGAUGCCGCAGUUCGCCACACGCGCGACGAUCCUCAGCGCGGAGUGUCUGAAGGGCAGAAACUUGUACGGUGAUGCCGCCAAGCAGCUGAUCCGCAUGACCAGCGAAGACUCCGACCUAAGAUCAGCUUUGCUGCUCGAGCAAGCGGCCUACUGCUUCGUCUCCUCUAAAAUGAUGCACAAGUACGCCUUCCACGCAGUGUUAGCUGGCCACAGAUUCUCCAAAGCCGGACAGCGGAAACAUUCGCUCCGAUGUUACCAACAAGCCUACCAGGUUUACUGCAGCAAAGGCUGGUCUCUUGCUGAAGAUCAUAUUCACUUUACAAUAGGCCGACAAGCAGCCUCGCUCAAACAAGUCGAAGAAGCGGUCAAAGCUUUCGAAAAGCUGCUCAGCCCAUCGAGCAAGCAGCCGGCGGUCCAACAAGCUGCUUUUCUACGGGAAUUUUUACAUAUUAAUAAUUUACUUAUGCAACAAGUACCGCCACAUUUUAAUGGACUUCCAAUUCUACCUCUGCCUCUGAUUGACGGCAACGAGAUAAAAGUAUUACUAGGACCACUGAUUUCUUCAAGUGACGACGCAGAUGCUCACGAUUUGUUCGAUCAGCAAGACGACAAUGACACCAGAUGGUCGAAGCUUGAAGAGACACUUGUUACUGAAGCUCAGGGUAGUGUGCCGAUGAUUUUUAAACCUUCAGUAUCUCUAUAUUCUAACAAAACUAACAAUACUGUAAAGCCAAAUGCCGUAAUUGAUGAGCCUAUUUAUUUAUCAGUUGAAUUACACAAUCCCCUGAGGAUCUCCAUUCCUCUGUACAAAAUAAAACUAAUUUGGUCCUUCACCAAAGACGGCCAGACUGCCAGCAACGAGACUCUGUCAGAAAACUCGUUGGCCGAGUCGAGUUCCGUUGAGACAGCGGUCGUCGACUCGGUCCUGCUGCAGCCGAGCUCCCGGCAACGGGUCGUGCUGUCUUGCACGCCGACGCAGAUGGGCGAGCUAAAGAUAAUGGGCAUCAGUUACAAUUUGUCGAACCCCAGCAGUGCGAACAACGAUCUCCCGAUCGUGAAUCCCUCGGUGAUGAUCCACGGGAAGCGAUUGUUCGAAGUACGGGGUCCCAAGCUGAAGAACGUCAAAGAGAAGCCCGACGCGGUUCUCUACGGUGCUGAUUACAGAUUGGAGAUGAAUGUCGUCGACAAAGCGCCUUUUUUGCAAGUAUCCUUCAGCAAAGUAGCAACAGAAAUGCUCUGCGGGGAACUACAACGACUGGAAGUAGCUUUAAAAAACAUUGGAACCGCUCCUCUGACAAAUGUCUACGUCGGUUCCACUGACGCCCGUCUGUUUUGUUUAGAGCGACCGUCAGAUAAAUCCACUAGUAAUAAUUAUAGUAACAGUAGUAAAGAUAAUAAAAUAAAUAGUGUAACUAAAAUAGUUUUGCCGUCAAUGCAACAGGUUUUAGACGUAGGAGAGACGUUUAAAAUUCCCCUGUGGAUAAGAGCGCCCCAUGAAAAGGGCAACCAUCGACUAGAUUUAUUGUUCUACUACGAAAAUCCUCAGGCCAAGAGCACGCCGCGUUAUCGCGUAUCGAGACACACUUGGCAACUUCAAGUAUCGAAUUCUGUUGAAAUAAAAACAAUCGUACGGCCAAGUGCUGUUACGAAAAAUAAUUUACCGACGAUGAAUCUAGUGGUCCAGGUCAAGAACACCAACAACACCCACGAGCCCUUUGUCAACGAGAUAACUCUCACGAAGAUGUCGUUGAAGAGUGACAGCUGGAAGCUGGUGGAUCCCAUUGUCGAGUCUUUCAAGUACCGGGUGCAGCCGCAAGAGACUUGCCACCUGUUGCUGAAGUUAUCAAGAAGACUCAACGACGACAAUGUUUACUCCGAUGUCUCACUGAACGACGACAAGGACCGGGAGUCGAUAGCCAACACUCCGUACGCGGAGUUUGUUGAAAAAAGAAACAUCAGUCCACAAGAUCCAAGUCUAGAGACAAAUCAGGGUGCAAUUUUAGCAGACUCUCCGCUUGUUGAUACCGUGAAAUUGGGAGCGACGAUGAUUGUCAGGUGGCGCGCUAAAGUUAUGGAAGCUGGGGCGGUGAUUCGCGAGACAACUGGUCAGCAUCACGUUGAUCUUGAGCUUGUCAAUAAAUUGUACAAGCAUCCAGAAGAAGCGCCAGCAGAACCCAGUGAAUAUUCGACGCGUUUGAAAAUAUUUGGACCCGAUCGUAAUAUUCCUGACUCUACUAGCAUAAUUAAGAAGGACACUAUUGAUGAAAAUGAAUUACAAAAAAAUGUCAUCACAUUCUCACUCAAUCAUUUACGAGAAAUAGCUCAUGAAUUUAAUAGGCAACAGAUUUGUAUUAUUCCUGUAACGUUAAAUUUGCAAAAUAAUUCACAGUCAAAAGUUUAUGUCCAAAUAAAGACAAUUGGAACCAGUAGUCAAUUAUACUUGCCAAGUGUUAAAUCACAGCUCUAUGUACCUCAAGCGUCAACGUACUUCCGUUACGCGUGUCAUACGACAAUUUGUUGUAAAAUAGAGUCAUACCAACGUCAUACCGUUCAAUUACAAGCUGUCAUAUCGUCACCAGGUACUUAUGACUUAGCAUCACGGCUAGAUCUCUUAGCGAGACUUGAGCAGUUUGAUAAUUUUGUAACUCAGAAGUGGCGGCCGGAAAGCGUCUGCACUGUCAAUGAAGCAAAUUAAUAAAAUUCAUUUUUCAUGAUACCUGCAGUAGAACUUCAAGUUUCAGUGUUCCUACAGCCAGUCGAAACAAACGCGUAAAUUGUGAAUGUCUUCAAUCAGAGGGCAGUGACAUUUACGUUUCGUCCCUUCGGAAGUUUCUGCUCGCUAGCUGAAGGCUUUCGAAAGUUAAACUCUGAUACUUGUUAUUUUUUCAACAGUAAUUUCAGACCAUUAACUUUACAUUUUUUUUCAGAGUACUUUCUUUAUUAAAAUUCUUAAAAUUUGUGACAUCAUUGAGCAUCAUUCCAAGAAUAUUCUGCAGAAUUUUCGGAAAAAAAUAUUUUAAAAUAAGCCAGUGGUAGUGGGGAGAGACGAGUCACCUAAAAAAAGAAUUCAUGCCGCAAACAGGAUAACUCAUGCCUCAUCUGAAAUCAAAAAACCAAAAAGAUUUCUUUAGUACAUAAGUUUACCUCAGAUUUGAACGAAGGAUUUUUUUUUAAUAACUACUUAUUUUUUAAUUAAACAAAAGGAAGAAUUUUCGGCAAAAGUCAGAGUUUUUUAUUCCGUCUUUACCAAAAAUUCAAAAAUGAAUAUUUUGUUUAUUCCUUCGUUCAAAUCCUGUCUGCGGCAUAGAGACUUUUUUUAAGGUGACUCGUCUCUCCCCACUACCACUGGCUUAUUUUUCAAUAUUUUUUUAUGAAAAUUUAGCAGAACAUUCUUGGAAUGCUGCUUAAUAGUGUCACAAAUUUUGAGAAUUUUAAUAACGAACGUACUCUGAAAAAAAAAUCACAAAAAUAUCCUCUUUUUUUUGUAUCUCAGCCCAGCUUCCCCCUUAACUUGUUUCUGACUGGCUGCUGAUACUGGAACGUUAAGUUCCAAUGCAGGUAAUCAUGAAAAAUAUUGUGUGUAACUCAGGAUGAAACACGAUUUCAUACUGAGGGUGAUGUCAGCCAGUUUCGUCCCUUGUCACACAAUCUACUAUUAAAUAGACGAAUAACAUAAAAAAAUAAAGCAAAUUAAAAUCAUUCCUCAAUAAUAUUUAAAGUGUAAAUAGUCAUGAGACAUGGAAUCACUCAGUUAUAUUUUUAAAACCAAUACUCGCACAUGGAUUUUCAUAUUUUUUACCACUUGUUAUUUCUGUUAUCAUUUAACGCCUUUUUUUAAAUGUCAUCUUUAAUUAAUUACGCUAAUCAACAAGUGAUGUUGUUCGCUGUUUUGUUUAAUUAACUUGAUAAGUAAUUAAGUAAUUUAAAUAAAAGCGAGAUGAGAUCAACUCCAUCCAUUCUUUUAGUCACUGAUAAUAAUAAUUAUUAAUGAAGAAAAAAAUCCUAACAUAUCUUUUGAAUUUUAAUUGCAUACAACAAAUUAUCCUGGGAAAAAAUACUAGGGUAUGAAAAAUCGCCCAAUUUAUGCUCAUGUUCGAUGAGUAAAAAUUUAUACGUGAUCAUAUAGUUGAUAUUUUAAAAUAUAUGAUCAUAUCUAAGUAUUUUUUUUAAAUUUCCCGGGAAAUUGAUUUAUACUUAAAAAUAUUUGUAUAAAAUAUUAAAAUAAUAAAUUUAUUGAUUAUAAAUGUUACAUUAUUAUUGAACAAUUUUAUUUAUCUAAUUAUAAAUUUAAAUUAUACAAAAGUUUAUAAAUAAUAUAUAUAUAUUUAAGUAGUAUUAUGAAUUGAGUUUGAGUAUGUGUAAAUUUUUUUUAACAUACUUCC